CUAAAGUUUUGUGUUGACACUGUUGACAGGACGAAAAGUGACAAAUAAAUUAAGCUAAUGAAAAUCUCAAAUAAAUGAGAAUGAAGAGGUUUGAAAAACUCAUUUGAAAACAUACCUAAUUGCUUACAUAAUUCGUAAUUGGGUUUUAUUGAAGUAUCGAAUCUCUAUAACCAUGGUGGACACCGAUAGACUCAGACAGUGGCUUUCCAAGUAUCAUAAUCCUGAAGUGGCAUUUAGAGAUAUAAUGAGUGCAGUAUCUCAAUACGGCGGAUUGCAACCUCACCAAGAACCUUAUAUGUUCAAUGAUGGUUCCAGAGCAGAUUUAGUUAAUCUUAGUGGUACCAUACCUGUGCGCUACAGAGGCUCCCUGUAUAAUAUUCCGAUAUGUAUAUGGCUGAUAGACACACACCCAAAAAAUGCUCCAAUUUGUUACGUUAAACCUACUGCAGAUAUGUCCAUAAAAGUGUCAAUGUUUGUUGAUCAAAAUGGAAAAAUUUAUUUGCCAUAUCUGCAUGACUGGGUUCAAAAUGUGUCUGAUUUAUUGGGUCUCAUUCAAGUACUGAUUGUUACAUUUGGUGAGCAUCCUCCAGUAUUUGCAAAGGCCAGAGAAAGCAGUGUUACGCCAUACCCAUCCAACUCUUUCAUGCCCCAACCUACUGGUAGCUACGUGGCUCCUUACCCUCCAGCACCUUAUUCUGGAUCUUCAGGUGGUUUUGGAGGUUACCCACCCUACCCUCCUACCAGCAAUGCCGGUUACCCACCUUACCCGUCAUAUAACACUCCGUACCCACCUUUUUCGGGCAGUAAUUUCGGUACACCCACGCCACCUGCCGGAACCGGCACCAUCAAAGACGAACACAUUAGAGAGUCACUUUUGACAGCCAUUGAGGAAAAGUUGCUGAGGAAGAUGAAGGAACAGUUUCAGCAGAACCAGGCUGAACUAGAAACUUUGAAGCGUACGCAGGAAGAGUUGAAGCAGGGAAAAGCAAAGUUGGACAGUAUAUUGAGCAGGAUGGAGAAAGAGAAGGUGAGACCUUCAAAUUCUUUUUACCCAAAAUUCCUGAUAUUGUUCACUUACAGAGCGUCUCUUACAUUCAGGCAGCUCUUGUGUUUAGUAAAUAAAGCAUUUGAUGUUUUGAAGGACAAUAAAACUAAUCGGAUUGAAUUGUUAAUUCACAGACUUUUGAAUGCCUUUGCUGAGGAAGCUGCCCUAGAAGAUGCCAUUUACUACAUGGGAGAAGCCCUCAGAUGUGGAGUGAUCGAUUUGGACGUUUUUCUGCGACAAGUGAGAAGCCUCUCGAGGAAGCAGUUUAUGCUACGAGCUUUGAUGCAGAAGUGUCGCCAGAAAGCUGGCUUGUCGAUCUAAGAAAAAGUAGUUUUUUCAAAAUAGAGACUUUCGUAAUUAUACCUUCUGCUGAUUUACUCAAAGUGUAAUAUAUUUUAAGUUCAGAAA